AUGGAUCGACUCCACAACAUAAAACCGCAACCACAUCAUAUCCGAUCGAAGCAAUUCCAUCGACCUGCCAGUUGGCUUUUACCGGCACCCCAACUACCCUUCAUAUCGACCUCAAGAGACUUCGACCUCGAACAAAUAAUUUCUUCUCAUCAUGUCGCCCGCCCGCUCGAGGUCCCCAUCUCCCUCCAAAAACCUAGCACAAGACGAUUCUAA